CUCACAGCUCAAAACAAAAAGGAUAAAAACAGACAAAAAAACAUAAAACUAUAAACAAAGAAAAGCAAAACCUUCCCCCUUGUGCUUUGGGGACUGCAAGCUUGCUCGCAACUCUCAAAGCAAAGCUCUGCAAAUUUUACAAAAAGAAUUCUUAUUCAUUCCACAACCCCCCAUAAACCCACAUGCCUUCCCAUUCUUAUCAUCAUGCUCCUUUAAGUCUUUGAAUUCCCUCUCUUCAUUUCUAGUGCCACUGAAAACAAAGAGAAGAAACUAAACAAAACAAAGAAGAUGAUCACAGCUUUAGAUUUCUACCAUGUAAUGACAGCCAUGGUGCCACUCUAUGUGGCCAUGAUCUUAGCCUACGGAUCAGUCAAAUGGUGGAAGAUUUUCACUCCUGAUCAAUGCUCCGGAAUCAACCGUUUCGUGGCCCUUUUUGCCGUCCCUUUGCUCUCUUUUCAUUUCAUCUCUUCUAACAAUCCUUACGCUAUGAACUUCCGUUUCAUAGCAGCCGAUUCACUUCAAAAACUCAUCGUUCUCGCAGUUCUAACUGCAUGGACUUUUCUCAGCAAAAGGGGCUGCUUAGAAUGGACUAUCACAUUAUUUUCUCUCUCAACUCUACCCAACACCCUCGUUAUGGGCAUUCCUUUACUUAAAGGAAUGUACGGCGACUAUUCCGGUAGUUUAAUGGUGCAAGUAGUUGUUUUGCAGUGUAUUAUUUGGUAUACUUUGAUGCUUUUCAUGUUCGAAUAUAGAGGUGCUAAGUUGCUGAUCACCGAACAGUUUCCUGAUACUGCCGCUUCUAUUGUUUCCAUCCAUGUCGAUUCCGAUAUUAUGUCGCUCGAUGGACGACACCCUCUUGAGACCGAAGCUGAGAUCAAAGAAGAUGGUAAACUUCAUGUUACCGUAAGAAAAUCUAAUGCUUCAAGAUCGGAUAUUUUCUCGAGAAGGUCUCAUGGAUUCUCGUCUACAACUCCGAGACCGUCGAAUCUUACUAAUGCUGAGAUUUACUCUUUACAAUCCUCAAGAAACCCUACUCCAAGAGGUUCUAGUUUCAAUCACACUGAUUUUUACUCAAUGAUGGCUGCUGGGAGAAACUCCAACUUUGGCGCAUCAGAUGUUUUCGGUCUCCCAGCCUCACGUGGUCCGACUCCUCGGCCGUCGAAUUUCGAAGAAGAUGGUAGUAAUAAGCCGAGGUUCCAUUACGCGGCGGCGGGCGGUGGUGCAACUCAUUAUCCUGCACCGAACCCGGGUAUGUUUUCACCAACUGGGUCUAAAGGUAAUAGUAAUACAGUUGGUGGUAAUACUAAUAAUAUAAAGAGUAAGGCUAAUGGGCAAGCUCCACAAAAGAGUGGCAAUGAAGAUGGUAAGGAUCUUCAUAUGUUUGUUUGGAGUUCUAGUGCUUCUCCUGUUUCUGAUGUAUUUGGUGCUCAUGAGUACGGUGCCCAUGACCAGAAAGAUGUUCGAUUAGCUGUUUCCCCGGGAAAAGUUGAUGAUGGGCAUAGAGAAGAUGAACAUCAUCAAGAGGGUGAGUACAUGGAAAGAGAAGAGUUUAGCUUUGGGAAGAAGAAGGAUGAAGUGGAUGGUGGAAGACCAAAAGCUAUGCCUCCCACAAGUGUGAUGACAAGGCUUAUUCUGAUUAUGGUUUGGAGGAAACUCAUUAGAAAUCCCAACACUUAUUCCAGCUUAAUUGGUUUAAUUUGGUCUUUAGUUUCAUUCAGGUGGAAUGUAGAAAUGCCUGCCAUAAUUGCAAAGUCCAUCUCAAUACUGUCAGACGCAGGGCUUGGCAUGGCCAUGUUCAGUCUUGGUCUGUUCAUGGCUUUGCAGCCAAAGAUCAUAGCAUGUGGCAAUUCCGUCGCAGCUUUUACUAUGGCCGUGAGAUUCCUUACAGGACCAGCUGUCAUGGCAGCUGCUUCCAUUGCUGUUGGUCUUCGAGGAACGCUCUUACACGUUGCUAUUGUCCAGGCAGCUCUACCACAAGGAAUUGUCCCCUUUGUCUUUGCCAAGGAAUACAACGUACACCCUCAAAUUCUCAGCACGGGUGUAAUAUUCGGAAUGCUAAUUGCAUUGCCCAUAACUCUUGUGUACUACGUUCUAUUGGGGUUGUAGAAGUGACAUCGACAAAUUGGCAACCAUAGACAUUUUAUGCCCAUGAUCAUCACUCAUUUUCUAGCAAUUUGUUUUCUUUUAUUAGUAAAAUUAAGCUGUAAAAUCGAUGUUUAUUAGUUACAUUAUUAAGGAAAGAAAAGAAGUUUCUUAGUUAACUUUA